GUACCCACUAACCCCAGACCAGCAAAAGUCCCGUUUUAGUGCGGGCGUCAGUGGCUGUGUUUCUGUGUUUCACCAGCAACGCUGCCAAACUGCGCCGCCGACUCCGAAUCCCUUUCAUGUCUGCGCCGUACACAAUGUGAACACCAUCAGAGUUCCAAGCAGUUCCUGGGUGCCUAGCAAUUUGAAUGCUGAUACAAUUGUUCCUGCUACCAUUCUGCUGCACUGCAUAACCCUCAACGCCAGCUGAUCUACCCGACCCAGGUACUGGUUGGUUGAUAUUCCAUUGUUUACCGCCGCCCACUGCAGUAAUCCACUCGAGCCUGGUAGGACAAUGAGGUAGACUGCACACCGCAGCCUGUCGCUCACGUUGUGCUCGCUUGUCUUGCCUGCAAUUUCUCAAAUUCACCCAUCACCGCUGCCAUCGUCGCAAUACCACACUCUCCUUGCUUCUUCCUGGCAUCCCGGCAGGCCACUUUACCUCACGUACCAGCGCGCUGUUUCAACCUCGCCUGAAAUCCUGGGUGACGUUGUGUGACAGCACCACUACUGGUGUACCUGCGCCCUUAUCAAAGGACCAUCCGUUCGCUGUCUCUUCACACAAACUGCCCGAUUCCUGGGCUUUCAACAUCCCGACCGGUUGCUCGGUUCGCCCUUCGUUCGAGUGACCCAACCCGACACGCUCGCUUCGAGAGGCAAGAGUUAGGAGUUGAUACGGUCAGGCUUACAACAAGACUUUGACCGCUUGAAUGCCAGGACCCUGAUACUUUCGGAUAGCCGCAGUUGGAACACAAUGUCCUACGGGCGGACUUUCUCCUUCGACAACCAUGAUGAACAUACUUUGACUCCGCCGACGCAGGCGCAACCUGAAUACGAACCACAAUACUACCAACCUUAUCAUGACUCUUCCUCACGACAAAACCCAUCACCUCCGCCCAGAUAUGCCUCGACUUCACCUCAACGGCCCCUAGCAGCGGGAUCUCCUUCCCCUCGGCGUCCUAUACCACCGGAUACGCAUCUCCUCGGCGAUCCUUCAUACGGCCCAGGCAGACCGUAUCAACAAGACUACGAGGACGUCCCUGCACCUCCUCCGCCGCCCCAUAGAGCAAGCCCGACCAGACUUUCAAGAGCAGAUCCGGGCUACUCGCAGUCUUAUCAGACCUACCCAGGGGACGACUCCAGAAUGGAAGAUUUUGACGACCACCAUUUAUCAGCGGGGGCACACAAUCUGAAUUCUGGGAUGCCACACGACCAUGGUUAUAGUGGGGGUGGUCAAAAUGGCAUGCCUCCAGUUCCUCAGUCCUACUCUCCCUACGGCCGAGACUAUCCUCGUCAGACCAGCCCAUAUCGACAACAGGAAACACCUUCGCGCUUGCAACAGAGCAACCCUUACGGCUCUUCCCUUGCUCCUGCCGCUGGUGGUGUCGCCGCGACAACCAUGAGUGGGAACCCCUACUCCUCUAUGGAACCCGAUUCUGGACUGUCGGGCAGAAGCAUCCCUAUGGAGGAUUACCAUUCAAUUGCCAGUGCCAGCCAUCCCGAAUCUUACCCGGGCAACUAUCAAGAUUCGCCAUAUCAAAACCCCUUCAAUAACCCGGUGAGCUCGUCAAGUAUUAUGGACCAGGCCAGCAUCAACCCUCAUAACAUUGUUGACGAUGAUGGAGACGACGGUAUGAUGGAGGGAAAGCCGUCGAGCAGACAGGGAGGCCAUACGUCUUUUGGAUCUUCCGCCGCCGGAGCGGGUGCCGUUGGUGGCACUGCAGGAGCUCUUGGCGGACUUUUUGGACGUAAGGCAAAGAACUCCACGCCAAGUGGUACUUACGGCCCGGUGAAUCCAGGCCCAAAGCCUGAGAGAAGCGAGUGGCUGUCACAACAGACCAAGGGAAAGCGGAAAAUGACGUGGGUCAGGGUAGCGAUUGGAAUUGUGAUUGUCCUUGCUAUCGUUGGCGGUAUUGUCGGCGGAGUGCUUGGAACUCGGAAUUCAGACGGUUCCGGCGGCUCGUCCGGCAGUUCUUCGAGUGGUGAUAUCAACAACGCCGCCUCCGACACCGCAGCUAAUGGAGAUCUUGGAAAAGAUUCCAAGGAAAUCCAGGCCUUGAUGAACAACAAGAACCUGCACAAAGUGUUUCCUGGUAUGGACUACACCCCAUGGGGCACUCAAUACCCUUUGUGUUUUACCUAUCCGCCAUCGCAGAACAACGUUACCCGGGAUAUGGCCGUGCUUUCGCAACUGACGAAUACUGUUCGAUUGUAUGGCACGGAUUGUAAUCAAACAGAAAUGGUUCUGCAUGCCAUCGACCGGCUCGAGCUGACUGACAUGAAGGUGUGGAUGGGGGUAUGGAUUGACACGAACCAGACCACGACGGAUCGACAAAUAAAACAGAUGUACGAAAUCCUCGCCAACACCAAGGACCUGUCCGUUUUCAAAGGCGUUAUUGUCGGCAAUGAAGCUCUGUAUCGUGCAGGCGAGGACAAGGCACAGUCUGAACAGGAAUUGAUUGACAUUCUCACAGACGUCAGGUCUCAGUUCAAGACCAAAGGCUACGAUCUGCCCAUUGCCACAUCGGACCUAGGCGACAAUUGGAAUGCUCAGCUCGUCAAGGUCGUCGACCUUGUCAUGUCCAAUAUCCAUCCUUUCUUCGCUGGUGUCACUGCUGAGGUGGCUGCUGGUUGGACCUGGGAUUUCUGGCAAAACCAUGAUGUCAUCUUGACCAACGGAAUGGCCGAUGUCAAGCAAGUCAUCAGUGAGACUGGGUGGCCAAGCGCUGGAGGGACGGAUUGUGGCGGAAAAGAUGGUUCUUGUUCGCCCGGGCAAAGUGGAGCCGUUGCCAGCGUUGACAACAUGAACACCUUUAUGGCUGAUUGGGUUUGUCAGGCGCUGGCCAACGGGACGGAUUAUUUCUGGUUCGAGGCCUUUGAUGAACCUUGGAAAAAGUCUUUCUACACCGACACGCAGAAGUGGGAGGAUAAAUGGGGCCUGAUGGAUCCCGGCAGGAAUUUGAAGCCCGGUCUACAGAUUCCCGACUGUGAUGGCAAGACCGUCGGGUCAUGAAUGGGACGGAGAUUAGACAUGAAUGGUUAUGGUUGUUCAGACCAAUGGGGCGUAAUCGUGGGUUCCUGAACGAGAUGAACUUGGGCCCAGAAGGGCAGCAUGAAAGUGGUGGUUUCUUGAUCUUCCCAUUGGUAUGCAUAUUAGCAUGACAGAAGGCGAGACAUUGUAGAAAUAGGCACGGUUUCUCUUGGCUUUGUCGCUUCGGUGCCGCACUGGUCGUGUUUCAUAAGGUAUUCCUGAUAUCUUGGCGAGAGAGACAACUUACACGGAGGUGCAUGAUGAAAGUCAGGCCAGUCAGUACCUUGUUACACUCCCAGGAUACGAGUACAGGUACCAACUAGGUACUUAGGCAAGUGACCUACCUACCUACAGUCAGUAAGUAGUAGACCGGUCCUACUAGGAGGGACUCCAAUAGCAAAGAAUGCUGUUCAGGGACCAGAAACAGGAGAAAUCGAGGAC